AUGCGGGGCAAGAAGGAGGGGAUGGAGCUGGAGGAGAAGGGCAACAAGGGAAAGCUGCUGGAGUUCAGAGUAUCAGAUCCCUCCUUGUUCUCCGUACCUUCGAAAGUUCACCCUGAACCAGCGGGGGAAGAGCGGGCGUUGAUUGCGAGGAAGAAGAGCAAGCGGAACGCAAUCAGAUUUGUCAGAGAGCUGAUCGUGUUUGUGCUGUGGGUGACAUGCUUCUCUGCAACAAUUACUUUAACGAGGGACAACACCCUGAGCUAUCAGUUCGGCUUCUUGUUCAAGAACUGGCUCAUCACAAACCCAGGCUGGGGGCAGGAGCUGACAACAGUGGGAGACUUCUACUCCUUCUUGCAGGAAGUGCUGGUGAAGAUACUUGCUGAUGACGUUCUUCCACUUGGCACCUACUCGCCGUCUCUGUCGGCAAAGAGCUUCCUUUACGGGAACAAGAGGAUCGGACCUCUCAGAAUCCGACAAGUGCGCGUCCCCUAUACGACCUGCCGCAACCAAUACCUGACAAGAAUCCUCGGAAUCGACUCUGCUGUUUCCAACAUCCACUGCUACCCGCCCUUCAGCCUCUCCACGAACUUGGACAGCAAGUUCAUCAAUGAUCUCGGAGAAACUCCCAAGUUCAACCCAACAACAGAACCUUGGUUCACUUUCUAUACCGCGAAACAACUCUCCGAGAUGGCGUACUUCCAGGCCGGCUUCGCAAGUUACCCCGGGUCAGGUUAUGUCCUUGACGUCGACAAAACUUUCUCUAUCACAAAUGAUCUUGUGAUGGAGUUGAUUCCCAUCGAUUCAACGCAGAAUGUCAACACAAGUCUCAAAACCAUUCAAGACUCAGGAUGGAUAGAUCUCAUGACAAGAGCCAUCUUCGUUGAUUUCUCCUUCUUUAAUCCCAAUCUCAACCUCUUCUUGGUUACAAGGCUUGUGAUCGAGUUCCUGCCAUCGGGAACAGUAACGAUGUAUCCAACAUUUCGAAUCGUAGACCCGUUUCGAUUCUCGACGGGAACAACAAAGGACUUGCUUGUCAUCGCUGCAUUCUCAGCUGUGGUGCUCAUCACUUUGUACUAUUUCCUUGCCGACAUGCUAGACAUAGCGAAAGGUCCUUUCAGAUUCGUCAAGUCGUUUUGGCAGAUCUUUUCAUUCUUGAAUGUCCUUAUGAUGUUGGCACUGGUUGGUCUGACGGUCUGGGAUGAGAUGGCUGCUCGAGCGUUGUUUUCAAGCCAGCAGGGUUCGAUCAAGCAAGGAGAUCUGCAAGCGACAGGGUACAUGUUGGAUCAAGAGAAGAACCUGGCUGGGAUCAUCUUGAUUUUCAUGUGGAUCAAACUUUACAAAUACUUCUCCAUGUCACGAAAGCUUUCAACACUCACGCGAACCAUUGCCAAGGCAGCAUCGAACGUCAUAUUCAUUCUGAUCGUGCUAAUUAUCCCUACCAUUGGCUUUGCCAUGGGAUGUACAUUGAUCUUUGGAUCUGACGACUUUUACUUCUCGAAUUUCAAAACCUCUCUUUACACGCUUCUUCGAGCAGCUUACGGAGAUUUCAAUUUCCAAGAUUGGUCGUCAAACCGAUACCUCGGUCCCAUCCUGCUGCUCUUUUGGGUGUUCUUUUCAAACUUCCUUCUUCUCAACAUCAUCAUCGCUAUACUGUGUGACUCGUUUGCGGUUGUGAUGGCUGAGAACGAGGAGCUAAGAGCGAGGGGAGUCAAGAGUGUCUUGGACAUCUUCUUGGAAUCAGGAGUCUUCGGAAAGAGGAUCACCAACAUCAUCGAGAAGCAGAGGCAAGUCGAGGACAUCGAAGCUGCUCUUGAGAAGAUGGAUGCAGAUGGUGAUGGCAAGACAGACAUGCAGGAGCUUGAGUCUUGGCUGUCCUCUACAGGUGCCGACGUCGUGCUGGGAAUGAACGCAGAGGACAUCAUGGAGAAGUACGACAAGGAUGGGAGCGGGCUGUUGGACGCGGAGGAGAUGGAGCAGAUCAAAAGGUGGGUGGCCUCUGAGAGAAAGAAGAUCGAGGAGGAGAGACGGAUGGACUCGGACGCGAUGCUUGACACCGACUACCUGGAAGAAAAGCGGACGAAACCGAGCUUCGACAGCUCCACUGCCAUGGCGUUGAUGCAAGGUGGUGGAGGAGGUCUGUCAACUGCUUCUGAGGAGAGGAUCUUGAGCAUUGAAAACAACGUGAAGGAGAUCAAAGAGAAGGUUGAAGAGAUUCUCAACAAACUGAACAACCUACCUCGACUCGAACUGAACCAAUCCUCGUCGCAGCAAGGUAAGAGUGACAGUGACCGGGUCAGAUCGACGGUCAGGGGCAGCUCUACCUUGGGCAAACCCAAAGUUGAAAACAAGUUCAUGGCAGAGAAGUCCAUUGUGAGCGAAGACUAGAUGUAUUUGUAAAACCUUGUUGUAAUUAUGAGCAUUGAACGUG